AUAUAAUAAACAUAGUAAGGAUAAAUAUAAUGCGAUGGGUUGUUAAAAAAAAUGACCCCGCCCGAGCUGUUACAUCCGGAGCGUGUUGGUGAGAUUUCCGAGCGCACCUAUGUUUCCUGCCGGAUCCACGUGACCGCUCGUCGGGUCGUGCACAGAAGGACGUGCACUGUGUGAUCUGAGGACCCACAACAACUUCUUACAUAUCAUAUUAUUAUCAUAGUUAUAUGUCGUUAUCAUUUAACAUGUGUUCAGUGAGCGUGAGGCGGAGUUUGACCUGGAGGAGCCUCGGUCCUGCGGCUCUCUCCGCUGGGAGCAGGCGAUCCUGCAGCUCCGAGCACCGAACACAGCAGAACACAGAUCCUAAGAGAUCGAUCUUCAGACCUCCACCCAGCUCCACAUGUGACUGGAUCGGUCCACCCAACCCUCUGUCAAACCUGCGGCCGAUCGUUUACCACGUCGCCGAGAACGAGUCGGAGCUGCAGAGACGUCUGAGGAACCUCAGGCAGGAGACGGAGGACUGGAACCACGAAUUCUGGACCAAACAGAACAUCACCUUCAACAAGGACAGAGAUUCUUUCAUCAUGUCACAACUGAAGGCAAAAGGCUUGACUGUGCGUGAUGAGCAAGGACGCCGGCGGUUCCUCAACUCAGAAGAAAUGGCGGAGUUUUACAAAAGCUUCCUGGACCAAAACAGAACACGACACAUGACUUACAACAAGGAAUGGUACAGACGGAACUUCACCAUCACUUUGCUCAUGGCCCGAGUCGCCCUGACCAACAUGUGGAAGACUGUUCGACACAGCAAGAAGAAAACCAGCUCUCCUGCCUCCUGAUCGUAAACUGAUCACUCGCUCUCCUGUCAAGUCUUUUAUUGUAUUUAAGUGUUUUUGGUUUUUCCUUUGUAAUUUAAUUGUCAAGAAUUAAAAAAAAAACAAUCAAAUCUAA